GACCACGCCCCUUUAGUGGGCGAGGCCACCGCUGGGGCCCGGGAGCUACUACAGAGCGGGUCCCGCACGCUCCCGCGCCGCCUGUUUCCGACCUCGCCAUGGUCCGCCUGCCUCUGCAGUGUCUCCUCUUGGGCUGCUGGUUCACCGCCGUCCACCCAGAACCACCUGCAUGCAGUGAAAACCAGUACCCCACAGAAAGCCAGUGCUGUAAUCUGUGCCCGCCAGGACAGAAACUGGUGAAUGACUGCACGGCGGUGACCGACACGGAAUGCGUCCCUUGCAGUGAAGGCGAAUUCCUGGGGACCUGGAGCAAUGAGAGGCGCUGCCAUCCGCACAGAUACUGCGACCCCAACCUAAAACUCCGGGUCCAGAGUAAAGGCACUUUGGAAACAGACACGACUUGCAUGUGUGACGAAGGCCGACACUGUGUCGACGAGAUCUGUGAAAACUGCGCCCCACACAGCUCUUGCCCCCCUGGCUUUGGGGUCAAGGAGAUCGCGACAGGGGUUUCUGACACCGUCUGCGAACCCUGCCUGGUCGGCUUCUUCUCCAAUGUGUCAUCUGCUUAUGACAAGUGUCAUCCUUGGACGAGCUGUGAGAUCAAAGGCCUGGUGGAGCUACGGGCAGGGACUAACAAGACUGAUGCUGUCUGUGGUAUCGAGCAUCGGAAGAGAGCCCUGGUGGUGAUCCCCAUCGUCGCAGCCCUCCUGCUGGCUCUCCUGCUGGUGCCUGUGUAUUUCUGGAAGUUGCCCAAGGUAAACCGCAAGACCUUCUGCCCUGAGGACCCCGGGAAGGCCAAAGAGGAAGCCCGGCGAGGUCCCCAGGAGAGCGGUCCCGAGGAGAGCGGUCCCCAGGAGAUGGACUUCCUCGGCCCCUGCUCCACCGCUCCCGUGCAGGAGACCUUACACUGGUGCCAGCCCGUGGUGCAGGAGGAUGGCAAAGAGAGCCGCAUCUCGGUGCAGGAGAGACAGUGAGGCUGGGUGUGCCCGGGAGCAUGGCAGUUUGGACAAAUGUGCACGUGGCCGCGGAGCCUGGAGCUGCAGCUGCGACAUGAGGGCGAGGGGCUGGCGCUAGGCACAGCUCCGUCUGCCUGCACCCCUGCGGCUCAGAAACAGUUCACUCAGGGGAACCUCCUCCUCCAGCCUGGAGCCGGUCAGCCUCCCAACUUGCUUUUAAAGAUGGAGGCAAGACUUUUUUGGGGGGGUGUUGGGGGGCGGGGGCAUAUAGUAACAUCAUCAAACCCUCCAGCCCAGCCCUUCAGUGCCCACGUGGUUUCUAUGAGCCCAGGGGGACAUCUACAUGAAUAUCAUUGCAGUGUCGUUUGUGACAGGGGACAACUGGAAGCAACUUAACUGUCCAUCAACAGGGGACUGGCUAAAUAAAAUGGUAAUAUAUUUAUGUAA